CUGAUUGUGAAAGCCAGUGUUCAUAAACAGUCUUUAGAUCGUUGUCUGUAUGAAGGUGUAUCCCUCAGUGGUUAUCAAGAUGUAGUCCUAUUCAAUGCACUGUUUCAUAGGUUAUGGAAUUUGUUUUGACAACAAAUAAAAAAGUUGAAUGCAGGAAGUCAUUGACAAAACUUUCAGUCUUCCGUUCCUGGACCACAAAGAUUUGAAUCAUUUAAUUCCAAACCGCCAAAUUCAGUAAUUUCCUCUAUAUCACCUGAUUCGAUGGAUAUGUUCAGGGGAUAUCUUAAAAGUGUUACAAGCUUGGUUAACAACCUAGCUGAGAUACCCUGUAGUGACACUACUGAGGUUUCUCCUGAAAAUAUUGAAAAUCAAAAUGCAACGAAGGAGGAUUCUGAUGACACUAACUCGUCCAAAAAUAUGUGUGAAACUCAGGAUAGUGAACGUUCUCCAUCAAGUGAAAACUUGGGUGGAUAUUUUAAUUGGAUUCCAAAUCUCCUUACAUCCAGCAGUGAAAGUUCAGUAUUAUACUAUAUGAAUUCACUUGCAUCACUGGGAGUAAAUUCAACUGACGAGAAAGAGAAACAGAUUCCUGAAAAACUUGAAGAGAAGUCGUCAGUUAUAACCAAAGAUAUUUCAGAAAUUGAAGUGUCUAAAAAUGGUGUUAAUGAUGACGAGCCUUCUAGACUGGAAGAAUUUGAAGAAGACAAAUUGUCUGCAUCAAAAGAUCUUAACACAGAUUGGAUGGGUGGAAUUUCGGCUAAGACUACUCGUGUGUGGGAGCAAAUAAAACAAGAUUUUAGUGAAGUUGUUCACUCGGUAUCAGAACCAAAAGACGUUGUGUACCGUACUGCCUCAUCGUUCCGUGACCAUAUUACAGCUGCUGCAAAUACAGUGAAAAAUAUUGAUCCUAAUGAAUUUCUCCUACCGGAUAUCGAAGAGAAAGCAGACAAGCAACAACCAACUGGGAAUGAAACUGAUGAGUCGGAUCUGACGGCUUUAUCACCAGAAUUGCCAAGUCUUCCAAAGAUUAAGCAGGAUAUGUCACAAUUGAUUGAUUCUUUUUGCAGUGGUUUAAUGUCGACAGGUACUUUUUUGGGUCUAAUUGGUACAGAAGAGAAUCAAUCUAAGGAGAAGUGUAAACACAAAGCUCGUCUUGAUGUAUUACGAGCAGAUCCUGCUACAUACGAGGUAGAGCCACCAUUGCCGCCUGUCUCUUCAAACAUUCACUCCUAUGCGGAUUGGAGAGCGGCAUAUUUCGACGAAGAUAACUGUCAACCGAUGCAAGGUAUCCCUCUAGCUGAUGCUAAAAAUCCUGAAUACAGUCAUCUUCCAGUUGAAGAGCUUACUCAACCACCACAUCUUAGUCCAUCAGAAUUGUUAGAUGCCUAUCCAUUUAUGCGUACAUACUUGACGCAACUUGUUCAUCCAGACGGUAAAAUUAAUGAUGAUAAGUCGAUUAGUGAUGCUGAUUUCUGGUCACGAUAUUAUUAUCGUGUUUGGUUGCUAGAUUCAACUGAAUUUCGUCGAAGACGACUUAAUGAAAGAGUUGAAUCAGUGUCAACUCCGAAACAGCAAGCGGGGAUGGAUGCUGGCGAGGCCAAAUGGUCUGUGAACACUAAUGAAGCUUUGAAGAAUGCCGAUGUUACUGAAGUAGAUGAUUGGCCAGAUACCUUGGAUAGUGAUGAGCAUACCACAGUGGAAAAUGAUGAAUCAGUCAUAAAAACAAAUGAAAAACUAUUUACUGAAAUCACCGGUAGUAGUGAUGGUGGGGGUGAAUGUACCGCUGCAGCAACUGCAAGCGUUACUACUCUCAGAAGUACUAAGCUUCCUUCUGUGUCUGGCGGUGGUCCUAGUGGGGGUAAUACUUCAGACGAAGAUAUUAACUCUAAAGCUGGAACAUCCGUUGACGGUAGUGUCGGCGGGAAAAAACGCAGAAAAAAGCGAAGCUGUAAAAAAUCAACAAAUGAGCCUAUUAUUGAUUUGCCUGUGUUGAUGACUGACGCUCACAAUACCGAGAGAAGGCUAUUAACUGGUAAAAUUGAGACAGAAGAGGCUAGACUAGACACGUUGACGACGUCAUCGACAGAAAAUCAGAAUUCAAUGAAUGUGUUGUCUGAUUUUGAAGAAAUGACAUCUGGUUCUUCAUCGGUGGUAAUUCUUACAGAUGAAGUUGAUCAAGACGAAGUAGAUAACACUGUGAUUACAGGAGGAUGUCGGAUUCAACCAAAAACUAUGACUACGAACACGUCUGACAUUCUUUUGUCUGAAGAGAAGACUUCUGAUUCUGAUGGUGUUUGGGGUGAUGAUGAUGAUUCUGAAAAUGAAGUCGACGAUAUUGAUCAUUCAACUGAUAAUGAUAAAAACAAAACCACAAGUGCAGCUAAGGCUCCAACCAAGGAAACUGCUGACGAUUGGGAGAAUUGGGAGUGA